AGGGGGGAUUGUACUAUGUGUGUCCUGCUGGGGGAGAACCACGACUGUCCCGGAACCAUGUCGCUCUGUAAAUCUUGGGGUCCCCAUGCUGUAGUGUUGGUGGUCACCCUUCUUUGGGACUUGGCUUCUGCCCAGUUUCCCCGCCAGUGUGCCACCCCAGAGGCCUUGGCUACCGCAGAGUGUUGUCCCGGCCUCUACCCUCAACGGUCUCCAAAUCCCAGCGACCUCUGCGGCUUUACCGUGGGCCGUGGGCGCUGCAUGCCGAUCACAGUGGACGCCAGGCCUCAUGGACCCCAGUAUAAAAUGGAGGGACUGGACGACCGGGAGUUUUGGCCGAUUCGCUUCUUCAAAAGGGCUUGUCUGUGCAAUGAGAGGUUCUAUGGACACGACUGUGGUGGCUGCAAACCUGGAUGGAGCGGAGAUGACUGCGAUCGGCCCGUUGUUGUGGAAAGAAGAAAUAUUCUGGCCUUGAAUGAUACGGAGCGCCAGAAUUUCAUUGAUGCCCUCCACCUUGCGAAGAACACCGUCCACCCGGAUUACGUCAUCGCCACCAGACACUACGAUCAGCUGAUCGAUCCCGAGAGGAACGCCACUCAUUUCCAGAACAUCUCCAUUUAUGACUUCUUCGUCUGGACUCACUACUACAGUGUCAGCAAAACCUUCCUGGGCCGGGAUCAGGGCAGUGCUGGAGGGAUUGACUUCUCUCAUGAAGGUCCGGCCUUCCUCACAUGGCACAGGUUCCAUUUGCUGCAGCUGGAAAGAGACAUUCAGAACCUUCUGGAAGAUCCCUCGUUUUCCUUGCCUUACUGGAAUUUUGCCAUUGGUGGAAACCGAUGUGAUAUCUGCACUGAUGACCUGAUGGGUGCGAGGAGCAAUUUUGGAGGAAAUCUGCUGAGCCCAAAUUCUGUCUUCUCUCAAUGGAGAGUUGUUUGUGAAGAUGUAGAAGACUACGAGAGCCUCGGAACAAUCUGCAACAGUACAGCUGGAGGACCAAUCCAGAGGAAUCCUGCAGGAAAUGUGGCGCGGCCCAUGGUGCAAAGACUUCCCGAGAUGGAAGAGGUUUUGCUUUGUCUGGAAGUAAAUUUGUUUGACACGGCGCCAUUCUUUUCCAACUCUUCUGAAAGCUUCCGGAACACGAUUGAAGGGUACAGCGAGCCGUCUGGUCAGUACAACCCAACAGUCCGAAGCCUCCAUAACCUCGCUCACCUGUUCCUCAAUGGUACAGGAGGACAGACCCACAUCUCUCCCAAUGACCCGAUCUUUGUGCUGCUGCAUACCUUCACAGAUGGCGUGUUUGACGAAUGGCUGAGGAGACACAGUGCCGAUUUCACACAGUAUCCCCUGGAAAAUGCUCCUAUAGGCCAUAAUAGACGACACAAUAUGGUUCCCUUCUGGCCCCCAGUGCCCAACAGUGAGAUGUUUGCAACUGCCCCAGAAAACCUGGGCUAUUCCUACGACAUUCAGUGGCCUAGUCGCCCAUUAAGACAUGAGGAGAUUGGGGUAAUAACGGUCAUAGCGGCCUUGGUUCUUGUGGCUGUGAUCUGUGCCGUUACCUGGUGGACCAUCCAGAGAAGGAACCGGAGGAAUGAAAUGCUGGAGCCCCUCCUGGCAAAGUCCUUCCAUCGUUAUUGUGAAGAGGAGGAUGCUGGGAAAGUGUGAUGUCCGGGGGAACGAUGUAAACUGGAUCUCCCAGCUGGGGAUGGUCUCCCUUGUUCCUCUCCUGCCGUCCAAUCAUGGAGUCUCUGAUCACUUUCUCCUAGCAGAGCGUCCCGGACUGGAUCUGCCGUCUCCAGCCAAGGAUCUCCAAUAAUACAAUGUGCUGCUAAUCACCCCGGACAGUAAAAGUGCUCUAGGGGUUGUGUCUUUAUUGUACUCCUAGGAGUGGCUCCAGUAAUGGAAGUGUUAAUGUUACACAUGACCUAAUAAAAAAAAUUAUAAAACCAAUAA